CAGCAAUACUCACGAGCAACACAUAUAACACCCCGACAAGCAACCAUAGCCCUCAUGGUCCCACGAUAGCCGCAAGAACAAAGAACACCGUCAACAUGAGCAAUGAACUUACCUACAUCCGUUACAACGCGGCCCUCGAAAACACUUACGUCCCCGCCAUGCGCUCCCUGAUCUCCCAAGAACUCUCCGAGCCCUACUCCAUCUACGUCUAUCGCUACUUCCUCUACCAAUGGGGCGAACUAUGCUACCUCGCCAUGGACAAAUCGCGGCCCGAAAAUGACCAGAUGGUGGGUGUUGUGGUAUCGAAGCUCGAGCCGCAUCGCGGGGGGCCGCUGAGGGGGUAUAUUGCCAUGUUGGCUGUGAGGGAGGAGUAUCGGGGGAAGGGGAUUGCAACGAGGCUGGUGAGAAUGAGUAUUGAUGCGAUGAUUGAGAGGGAUGCGGAUGAGAUUGCGCUCGAGACGGAAAUCACAAACACCGCGGCUAUUAAAUUGUACGAGAGACUUGGCUUCUUGCGGAGUAAGCAGUUGCAUCGGUACUACCUGAAUGGUAACUCGGCAUAUCGACUCGUGCUAUAUCUCAAAGAAGGCGUAGGGUCUGUCCGGACGACUGCGUUCGAUCCGUACAGUGCUAUACCGGGGGAUCCUCUGGGACCGGUGCCGUUGCUUCAGGGGAAUCGUGAGUUUGUUUGAGUUGGAUAUACCACUUAUGUUUGGUCAUCUUGGUUAUGACGGCCUAUGCAAUGAUAAUGAUAUAGCAAGGUAAUAUAGAUUUACAUAACUUCCUUGACUGUCGCAGCAAGGAUAGAAAGAUUAUAAUAUACAAAGAUAGAAUACAAACAGCUCAAACCAUCACGCCAGGGUCAGAUGAGCUGAGAAAGACUCGUCUAUACUUUUAUCCCACGAAACAAGAAACACGCUGACUG